AACUAUUGGGCAAAAACAAUUAAAUCCACGGAAAAUGGCAAAUUCAAAAUUCGAAUAUGUCCGAAAUUUCGAGCAGGCAGACCACCUUCUGCCAAACACAUGGAUCGUUGUCCGCAUAGAUGGCAGAGGCUUCACAAAGUAGGCUACAAGCAGCUACGGUUUAACCUCAUUUAUUCAUUGUUUUAGGAUGUGUGCCCGUUAUGGGUUCGAAAAGCCCAACGAUCGCAGGGCUCUUGACGUCAUGAACGCUGCCGCGAAAGCUGUGGUCACUGAUUUGCCCGAAAUCGUAAUAGCGUACGGUGUCAGUGAUGAAUAUAGCUUUGUAUUUCACAAAACAUGCACGCUAUUUGAGAGACGAGAGAGUAAACUUGUCAGCACUAUCGUCUCAACCUUCACAGCAAACUACGUUCAUAAAUGGUCAACCUACUUUCCAGAUAUGCCUUUAGCCUCGCCGCUACCAACAUUCGAUGGGCGUGCUGUUUGUUACCCAACAGUGCAGAACCUCAGAGAUUAUAUGAGCUGGCGACAAGCUGAUUGCCAUAUCAAUAACCUAUACAAUACCUCUUUUUGGGCUCUUGUUAAGCUUGGCGGACAAGACAACAAAGAGGCCGAGAAGACUCUCGCUGGUACCUUGGCGGCUGAUAAGAACGAAAUUCUAUUUUCCAAAUUUAAAAUCAACUACAACAAUGAGCCGGAAAUCUUCCGCAAGGGUAGCGUUGUCUUCCGCGAUUACGAACUUGUAGAACCAGAGAGCCACAAUACAACGACUGAAUCUAUCGAUGCCAUUUCUAUGCCAGUAGAGCAGUCCAAGUCGCAAGCGGAAAAGGACAAGAAGCGUCGGGCCAAGGCACGCGUUGUGGUAGAGUUUCUGGACAUUAUAAAAGACGAAUUCUGGGACAAGAGACCGUGGAUCCUUUCCAACAAGCCAGGAAAGGUCCCCAAAGAAGUAUAAAAUAUAAAUGAAAAAUUAAUCAUGAUGAAAUGAAGUAAAACCAGUCCCAAUGAUAAAUAUGUACCCUGUAUCCAAACGCCGUACAAUGCAGUUAUGUUCUCGUAAAGUAUGCAAAAAAAUGUACCACUUCUUCUCUUUUAACGCUAAUCAGCUUUUAUCUCCUUUAUCCUUCCUCUUCCGUCUAGCCUCUUCUUUCUUUGCUCGCCGUUGCUUCUUCGCGUCGCUCGCAUCGUCUGAUGCAUCCGACCUGCCCUUUUUCGCCUGUCGAAGAGCAUCUAGAAGGGCUUCUUGUUGCUUCUUGCGCUUUUUGUCGUCUUUCCUUAUUCGGCGUUCCUCCUUUGUUUCCUUCUUUUUAUCUUUGCGCUCAGUCUUUGUCGCAUCUGCCUUGGUUUCGCUUUCAGAACCGGACGUUGAUGAUUCCUUAUCGUCUUUAAGUGUGCCUUCCAAGAAUCCACCUCGAACAAAUGUUGCAUAUAUAGAGUAUUUGGCCAGGGACCCUUUUUCAAACUGGUUGAUUUUGCCAGUCUCGACAGUCUGCGUGACUUGGCCGUCUUUCGAGGUGUCGAGACCUUGUAGUUGUUCGUCAAACGCGUUCAUCCACCACUGAUCACUUGUAAAGUGUUGUGUAGAUCCGAUGCCCUUCUUAUCGCUUUUUCUGUUUAGGAGGAGAGGCUUCGCAAGACCAAUGUCGUCGCUCGUCUUGUGCAGAGAAUGCCCUGCUCCUCGCCAGCCCUGGGCGGCCAGGUGUGCUGCCGCAUUCAUUGUUUCUGCUCGUAUAUGGUUAUUACCGGCAGAUAUAUAAUCUCGGAGUAUUAUAGGGGCAGGAGAGCCCUGGGUUUGCUUUCGCCUCGAUUUCGCCGCG